UAUACACUAUCACACACACACACACUCACACACACUGAGUGAGCCGAGAGCGCUUUCUGUCUUUCAUUCAUCCCGGUGAAGGCAGCUCACACUUUCUUCUCCUCCUCUCCCCUCCUCCUCCUCUUCUCUCCUUCACGCUGGGAUAGCUUACUUUGUUUUUGUUUUCCCUCCGCGGUGCCUUUUCGGUCGGAGUAGUAGUGGAUGAUAUCAACAGAGAGCUACGUGUCUUCUUACCUCCGCGAUACUACGGACCGGAGCGGAGUCGCUAGAGGACACGCGCAUCACGACAGAGCGCGGCGCGAGGGGAGUUCUUCUUUUGGAGGCUACGGUGCGAUUUUAAAAAAAAAACAAAAACAAAAAACAAGAAAUAAAACACAAAAACAUCCGCGUUGAAGAGCAGCGGUACCACAGAGGCUCCACCUGACAAGAGUCACGCUAAGUUUUGACGGAUUUUACGGCACAGGUGCGUGGAAGGAUUAAACACAGCCGUUUGGCGGAUGGUUGUCGGUUUCGUGGAGAGGAGUCGCUGCCUCUGCGCAAGUCUCAGAUGAAGAUGAAGUCUGCGGGCGUCGUGGAUGGAGGCUUGUUCACAGAGAGCUAUUGUAACAUCUGCAAUGCCCAGCUCAUCUCCGAGUCCCAGCGCACCGCUCACUAUGAGAGUAAGAAACAUGCAAACAAGGUACGUCUGUUCUACAUGCUUCACCCGGAAGAUGGAGGACCACCUUCCAAGAGACUGCGGCCAGAUAACCCAGACUGUGCAGAGACAGAGGUGGACAGGAACAAGUGCUGUACCUUGUGUAACAUGUUCUUCACCUCCGCCAUUGUGGCCCAGUCGCACUACCAGGGCAAAACCCAUGCCAAGAGAGUACGCCUGGUGCUGGGGGAGCCGCCAAGCCUACCAACAGCCAUGACCAACCCUACAAAUACAGAUUCCUCCCCUUCCACCCCGCUGCCCACAGACCCCGCUGCAUGCCCCCCUCCUCCGCCUGACCUGGCUUGGCCCCUGGCGGUGGUUGGCGGAAACGGCGGAAGAGAGGCCGGGAAAUACUGCUGCCUUUGCGGAGCCUGGUUCAACAACCCACUGAUGGCCCAGCAGCAUUACGAGGGCAAGAAACACCGCAGGAAUGCAGCCAGAGCGCGCCUCCUGGAGCAGCUAGCGGGCAGCCUGGAUGCCACGGAGAGCACAGGGCUGCGCAGUAGUUACUCCUGCAGUGUCUGCAGUGUGGUCCUCAACUCCAUCGAGCAGUACCAUGCACACCUCCAGGGCUCCAAGCACCAGAACAACCUGAAGCAACACCAGCAGUAAGCCACAGAGACAGGCCACUCUGAAAGGAAGAAGAGAUGAAGACCGAGAUUAUUGGAAUAAACAACUUCAGAAUAAAAGGACUCAUGUCGGAAACCGAAUAGUAUGAGAAAGUUGUGCAGAGUAACUUCAGUGUGUGUGUGUGUAUGUGUGUGUGUCUGUGUGUGUGUGUGUGUGUGGGUAUAGGUGUAUGGGUGUCCUGGGCAUCCAUGCAUGCAUCUGCAGUAUGCAUGUGUGGGUCAUUGUGAGUGUGUUUAUUUCUAUCUUUGAUCUAAAAAUAUAUCUCGGAGAUUUAUUCAGCACCUAAGUGUUUGAUAUGAGUUCUCAACACCAACAGCAGCCGGAAAACUUCCGGCUGCAUAUUGCCACAUAACUCCUGUGUGAACCACAAUCCUAAAAUUGAACUGAUGUCAGUGCGUUGCCCAGAGUGGUAAUAAUCAUUACAAUGAUAGUCAUAGAGCAGCAGUAAUAAUAACUCUGUUAACUAGCCGUCCCCCAAGUGCUCUGACAGUGAUCCAAGACUUCUGUUUCUACAUGCAUUUCAUACACAGUGAUGGUGGCACAUGCGUGGCUCACUUUCAGACCACUUGAGACCUACUCAGGCCCAGACUUUUAAACCCAAGGACAAGAAAACCCCCAACGACCUCAGCCAUUGCAGACUGCAUGAAUUGCCAUAACUUUAAAAGAGGCAUAUUGGUUUGAAUCUUGUGUUGUCUUUAAAUGUAGUGGAUUGGUGUCACUUUUUUUUUUUUUUUUUGAAAUGGUGGAUGUGUCAUUUUGAAUCUUUUCAUGUAUUCCAUAUAAUCAAAACUUUGACAUGUGGCAUGGUUACAGAAGGCAGAGGAGAAAAGCAGCACAAAGACUUUUAAACAACUCCUGCUCUGAGGUGAGGGUCUGUGCAACUUUGUGAAUCAUCUACUGUUGAAAACAUUCCCACAGCACUGAAUACUGAUGUCAGAUGCAGUCCGGAGGUGACAAAAAUUCUCUUCUCUGUUGAGACGGGCGACAUGUAGAUAAUAUUUAUUUUUCUGUUGCUAUGGACAGAGAGGAAAAGAGAAAAAGAAAAAAAAGAAAAACAUCACUCCCAAUCCAUGUAGCAGCCAAUGUACAAUACAACUGGGAUGUAAUUCAAUGCAUGCAAAAUGUACAACGUUGCAUUCACUUGCCUUUUUGAAACCUAUUGCUUGCGCGUUUUGGCAAUAGCGCUGCUUUCUAGUGAUAGCUUCGUAAUGCAUUACUGCACAUGCUUGCACCUGAGCAAAAAGGUCAUCUUUAAGUACCGAACUGGCUUCUUUUCAACUGCGAGUUUACUCAUCAAGAAACAAAAAACCUUUUGAUACCUAGAAAUUAAUCACCGCUGUAUAACACCCCUCAUCUGUAGUGUCUUCAGAGUGUCUGUGAAGUGAGUUUUAACUACAGUUUGUAGCAGCAAGAUGAGCGAGGAGAAGACGCUCCACUUUCCUAUGCUGACACUGAGCAGCAUUUCUCUAUAAGCUGAGGAAAGGAUUGAAAAAACACUCAAUGCUAAGCUAUCCUCUGUAAGUUCUUGUUGGUUCAAGCUUUUUUUUUCUUUCCUUUUUCUGUAAACACUUAGUUUUAUUUUGUGCUUUGUUCAUUUCACGGUGAAGAGAGUGAACUACGAGUGACCUGAUUAAAAAUUGUUUUUCUUCUGCAGACAUAUGGAUGAGUAAUGGUUUUAUGCAAUCACACUGUAAUAUUAACAACCAUACAAUGAGGGUUUGAAGUGAAGUUUAACAAAGCAGUAUGUGUAAAUAAGCAGUAGCUGCAGGUGAAGUUUGUGUUUUAAGAAGUACGAGAGUUUUGUAUUCAUAGUGUUUAUCUGCACUGAGGGCGAUAAGGGAAAUGUGUUUCUUAUGGGUAUUAUGAAAAAAUACAAAUAUGCUGGCACUGAAAUGAGAAUAAACCACCUUUGGGUGGGUCAUGUUUAUGAAUUGAUAACCAUCAGUGAAAAUAAAGUCAUCCUGAGCCGAGGAGUCAGUGAUGACGGACCAAAAUCCAGCGUAUGGAAGACAGUGAGUGAUCAUAGCGGGAUUGUGAUAAGCUGUUUUCAUGAGGACAACCACAGUUUCAACAAAGACCGUCCCCUCGGAGAAACAUCUGAUAUGUGACUGUUUUGCCAGUGGAUUCACAAAACAGCCAAAAUGACGCAGGACUACAAACUGUUGGAUUUAAACACCACGUCUAAAAUUACCACCCCCUCUGUUAUCGGUGAUGCCAUGAGAAAAACACAAAAAGUCAUAUGGCAUUUUUUUGAUGUGCAUCAUGACUCUUUUGAUGACUAUUUACACCGAGUCCUUUCUGCUGUAUUCAGAAUAGAAGCGGCGUCUGUGUGUGCCGAUAUCACAGUCUGUGCAGAAGAUGAUUGUGCCAUGAGUCACAGAUUUUACCAGAUGUUACAUAAUAUAUGACAGAGCUGUAUCUAUGGGUAGGAAUUUUGUGAUAUGAUGCUUGCGGGUGGGUGUCUGUGUAUGUGAAGCUGUCAACUGCACUGGCAGUGGGAGACUCGCUGUGAGCUGUGUACCGUGAGCACAUUUGUAAACACACCUGAUGAUGAAUACAAUGAAGAUGACAACUAUAUCUAUUUUCUCUUGCAAAAUCCAGACCUGUCGUUUUUCUUUUUCUGUGUGUUCGCACCGCCAUGUA